AGGCGGUUUAGUUGUCUACACUUGGACAGCUCGGGCUUCUUUAAUUAAUUGCGCGCGGCCGAUACGAUUAUCUUUGCUUCUUCUUUCGUGAACAAGGUUUGACAAUCUUUGCGAGAGCAUCUUUGGAUCGGAGAGGUAAUGGAGAUGCUUCUAUGGAAAGCUGCGAGCCUGUCUAUCUUGCUGUAUAGUCUGGGAUCUUCAGUGUGCGAUGGAUGUAACGAGACGUUUCAAGCAGAUAAAGGAGGCUUUCAUUCGCCUAACUACCCACAACAGUACCCGGAUGAUCAGUACUGCUCCUGGAGGAUCACGGUCAGCCCCUCCCAUCAAGUGUACUUGAUGUUCACAAGCUUUAAUUUACAAGCUGAAAACAACACAGAUGCUGUUUAUAUGUACGAUGGAGACAGUGAGACAGAGAAGGUGUUGGGAGUGUUUUAUGGCAGUGAACGUCCCUCCAAAGGAAUAUAUUCCUCGUCAAACAGUUUACUUGUAGUAUUCAAGUCAGAUAAUAAGAGUUCUUCCACUGGUUUCCAGGCCGUCUACCAUGCUAUAAAUUGUUCUGUUUCCUUUCUGAAUAUUUACAUUCGAAGCGAAGGUUGCGACGAUCCAGGAAAGACGUUUGGUAUAUGUGGUCGUGCUUACAUCAUGGUUAAUGGAAAGGAUCAUUCGGUUCAUCGGAGGGGCCAUAAUGUCGUCAUUGUGGAUGCUGCAACAGGAGCAGUGUUGGCGUCAACAAGUUAUGACACUCACGGCACUAUCGCUCAAGGGACCGGAUUAAGCAAAUAUCUUAACUCCAUUACUGAAAAUAAAAUCGUUCUAAUCGCCAUUCAAGACGAGGGAUCUAAGUUUGUGAGACCAGCUUUAGGUGCUCUCAGGAGACUAGGCGCUAAGGAUCCCAUCCUAGUAACCUUUCGAGGUUCAUUUGCUCUAGCUGGUUCCACUCAGAACAACAAGCCACAUUGGGUCACACAAGACCAGCAUGUUCGGUACAAAGGACCCAGCGAGAUCUCUUUGAGAAUUCUUCUCCAAAGCCACCGACCACCACCUCUUGGAAUGGAGAAUGGUGAGAUUGCUGAUGCCCAAAUAAGCGCAUCUUCACAUUGGAAUUAUAAUUACGCGGCAACGCAGGGGAGGUUAAGUCCUAAACGACGGAGAAUCGACAGUGGGUGGUUUGCUCGUUCAAAUGACCUCAAUCAGUGGCUUCAGGUGGAUCUCGGCAGUUUUACCACAGUGGUAGGUGUAGCGACUCAAGGAAGGUAUUCAUACAGGUGGAGACAGUGGGUAACCAGUUUCAACGUACAGUACAGCAAUGACGGAGUGAUCUUCCAAUUUUAUACGGAAACAUGGAACUCCUCCGCGAAGGUGUUUAACGGAAACCAAGAUGGUGACACAGUUGUUUAUAACGAACUGGAUCCACCAAUCACAACACAGUAUAUCAGGGUGAGGCCAUUGACUUGGUACAAGCACAUAUCAAUGAGAAUGGAGCUCUAUGGUUGUCAAGGUUGCAUACAACCUCUUGGCAUGGAAAGUGGAGUGAUACCCGAUUCCCAGAUAACCGCCUCUUCAGUCAACAAUAACAAUCAAUCUCCAGCACGAGCCAGGCUGAAUAAUUUGGGUUGGACUGCAGCUUUAGAUGAUCUCAAAUCAUGGCUUCAAAUAGAUCUGGGAAGUUACAAAAUAGUGACACGACUGGCAACCCGAGGUUCUUCACAAUCAGUAACUGCGUCCUGGGUAACCAGCUACAGGUUACAAUAUAGUGAUGACGGAUUCUUGUUCCAUUUUUAUCAGGAGCCAAGAGACACUUCUGCUAAAGUGUUUCGCGGAAAUCAAAACGCUGACUCUGUCGUGUAUAAUAAACUCAGUCAGCCAAUCACAACGCACGUCAUCCGGAUAUUGCCUGUACAGUGGAGCAAAUACGUAUCAAUGAGAGUAGAAAUUUACGGCUGUCAAGCUUGUAUAGCACCUCUUGGCAUGGGACGGAAGUCAGUCUCUGAUAACCAAAUAAGCGCGUCCUCCCAACUGGAUGGAAACCACUCCGCAAUACAGGCCAGGUUGCAUUCCAAGGCUGGCGCUUGGUCACCUCUCACUAAUGAUCUUAAUCAGUGGCUUCAGGUGGAUCUUGGUAGUGCUACCCGUGUGACUCGUGUGGCAACCCAAGGAAGCAAUGCAUACAACGAGUCGGUGACCAGAUACAAGUUGCAGUAUAGUGAUGACGGAGUGACCUUCCAGUUUUACAAGGACGUUGGAGACAGUUCCGCAAAGAUGUUUGAUGGAAAUCAAGAGAGUGGCACCGUUGUUUACAAUAAACUGAGACGACCAAUCGUAACAAGCUACAUCCGAUUUAUACCAACACAUUGGAACAAUCGCAUUUCAAUGAGGAUUGAGCUCUUUGGUUGUCCAGAUUGCCUAGCACCUGUUGGUAUGGGGAGUGGAGCAAUCUCUGAUAACCAAAUAAGUGCGUCUUCACAAAAAGAUGACAACAAUGCGCCACAGCGAGGCAGGUUGAAUAUGAAGAUAAGCGGAGUCAAGCAAGGAGGGUGGAGACCUCUCAAAACUGAUCUCAAUCCAUGGCUUCAGGUGAAUCUUGGUAGUUACAUCCGUGUCACUCGUGUGGCGACUCAGGGAAGAGACGGAUCCGACAUGUGGGUUACCAAAUAUAAACUACUGUACAGUAUGGACGAAGCGUCUUUCAACUUUUACAAGGAAGUACAUCAAAAGUCCGCCAAGGUGUUUGAUGGAAAUGACGACAGUGCCACUGUUGUUUAUAACAUUUUGAACCCGCCAUUCACAGCACGUUACGUCAGGAUAGUGCCGGUAGAGUUUCACAAAUUCGUGUCAAUAAGAUUGGAGAUCUACGGUUGUCCAGGCUGCAUUGCAUCUCUUGGCAUGGAAGAUGGAGCUAUAUCCGAUGCCCAAAUAACCGCAUCUUCACAAUGGGAUGACAAUCAUUCCCCGGCACGGGCCAGGCUGAAUACCAAGAUGGCUGGCCCCAAGAAAGGAGCCUGGUCAUCUCGCCCAUCUGAUCUCAAUCAAUGGCUUCAGGUGGAUCUUGGUACCUGUACAAUAGUGACGCGUGUAGCGACUCAGGGUAGGAAUGGUCACAAUCAGUGGGUGACCAGUUACAGAAUAGAGUAUGGUAACGAUGGAGUGAACUUUCAUUUUUAUCGAGAACCAGGCGACAGUUCACCAAAGGUUUUCAAUGGAAACCAAGAUACUGACAGCAUUAUAUACAACACAUUGAAUUAUCCAAUUACAGCGCGCUAUGUCCGCGUAAGGCCAGUGUCGUGGCGAGCCUGGAUAUCAAUGAGAAUGGAACUCUAUGGAUGUCCAGGGUGUGUUGCACCGCUUGGUAUGGAAGAUGGAACGAUCACAGAUGCGCAAAUAACCGCAUCCUCACAAGUUGAUGGCAACCAUUCCGCUGUAAUGGCCAGAUUGAAUUUUAAAGCCGAUGAUAGCAAGGCUGGAGCCUGGUCAGCUCUCAAAAAUGAUCGUAACCAGUGGCUUCAGGUGGAUCUUGGUAGUUAUACCCGAGUAACUCGCUUAGCGACUCAAGGUAGAAAUGCAUACAAUGAGUGGGUGACCAAAUACAAGUUGCAGUACAGCGAUGAUGAAGGAAACUUCCAAUUCUACAAGCAGGUGCUCGAUGGUAAUCAAGACAGCGACACUAUUGUGCAGAACAAACUGAGCCCACCAGUUACAGCACGAUACAUCCGAUUAGUACCAGUAGACUGGAAAAACAAAAUAUCAAUGAGAAUGGAGAUUUACGGUUGCCCAGCUUGUAUAGAACCUCUCGGAAUGGAAAGUGAAGCAAUCUCAGAUGGCCAAAUAACUGCCUCUUCACAACUGGAUGACAACCACUCUGCAAGACAGGCCAGGUUACAUUUUACGAUAAGCGGAUACAAGCGUGGAGGCUGGUCAGCACUCAGAAAUGAUCUUCAUCAAUGGCUCCAAGUGGAUCUCGGUAGUUAUACCCGAGUGACCCGUGUGGCGACUCAAGGAAGAAAUGCAUUCAAUGAGUGGGUGACCAAAUACAAUUUACAGUACAGCGAUGACGGGGUGACCUUUGAUUUGUACAAGGAAGGGGCUAACAGCUCAGCAAAGGUGUUUGAUGGAAAUCAAGACAGUGACACUGUGGUGUACAACAAAUUGAUUCCACCAAUCACAGCACGCUACAUUCGGCUUUUGCCAGUAGAAUGGAAGAAUCACAUUUCGAUGAGGAUGGAGCUCUACGGGUGUCCAGGUUGCGUGACACCUCUUGGCAUGGAAAACGAAGCAAUCCAUGAUACACAAAUUGACGCCUCUUCACAACUGGACAGCACUCAUUCAGCCAAGCAGGCGAGGUUGCAUUCUAAAGCUGACGGAAGUACUUGGGGCAGCUGGUCAGCUGGCACAAAUGAUCUGAACCAAUGGCUUCAGGUGGAUCUUAGUACUUACACCCGAGUGACUCGUGUCGCGACUCAAGGGAGGAAUGGGUUCUACCAGUGGGUGACCAAGUACAAAUUGCAGUACAGUGAUGACAGGGAUACAUUUCAUGUUUACGAGGAACCAGGAAAUGAUGGGGCGAAGGUGUUCAUUGGAAAUCAGGACUCUGACACAGUUGCGUACAAUACCCUGACUCCGCCAAUCACAGCACGAUAUAUUCGAUUCAAACCCCUCGAGUGGUACAGUCACAUAUCGAUGCGGAUAGAGAUCUAUGGAUGUCAAGGUUGCAAAGCACCUCUUGGAAUGGCUUUUGGAGCAAUCUCUGAUUACCAAAUAAGCGCCUCUUCACAACUAGAUAGCAACCACAUCGCAGCACAGGGCAGAUUACAUUUCAAAGGCGAUGGCAGCAAAGUUGGAGGCUGGUCAGCUCUCAGUAAUGAUGUCAAUCAAUGGAUUCAGGUGGAUUUUGGUAGUUACACCAGAGUGACAGCUGUAGCGACUCAAGGAAGAUAUAAUGACGAUCAGUGGGUGACCAAAUACACGUUUCAAUACAGUGAUGACGGAAUGACUUUUCAAACUUAUAAGAAACCAGGAGAUAAAUCAACAAAGGUGUUUGAUGGAAAUCAAGACAGCAAUACUGUUAAGUACAACAUAUUGAGUCCACCGAUAACGACACGUUAUAUCCGACUAACGCCGGUAGAGUGGCACAGUCACAUUUCAGUGAGGAUGGAGGUCUAUGGUUGUCCAGGAUGUAAUGCACCACUUGGGAUGGAUAGCGGAGCGAUCACCGAUGCUCAAAUAACCGCCUCUUCACAAUGGGAUCACAAUCAUGCUGCAGCACAGGCUAGAUUACAUUUUAAGCAAGCUGGACACAAGCAGGGAAGUUGGUCAUCUCGUCCAAAUAAUGUUAAUCAAUGGCUUCAGGUGGAUCUUCGUAGUUAUACCACAGUGACAAAAGUAGCGACUCAGGGUAGGAAUGGGCAUAGCCAGUGGGUAACCCAGUACAGGUUACAGUACAGUGAUGACGGAGUGACAUUCCAGUUUUUUAAGGAACCACAAAGCAGUUCAGCAAAGUUGUUCCUUGGAAAUCAAGACACUGACACCAUUAUGUACAACAGACUAAACCCACCAAUUACCGCGCGACACAUUCGACUAAGACCUGUAGCAUGGUACGGACACAUUUCCAUGAGGAUUGAGAUCUACGGCUGUCCAGCUUGCGUAGCAGCUCUUGGUAUGGAAAAUAAAGUAAUCUCUGAUGCACAAAUAAGCGCUUCUUCUCAACUGGGUAACAGCCAUUCUCCAAAGCAGGCAAGGUUGCACACCAGAUCAGAUCAAAGCAAUAGUGGAGGCUGGUCAGCUCUAAGAGAUGACUUUAACCAAUGGCUUCAGGUGGAUCUUGGCAGUUACACAACAGUGACACGUGUGGCAACCCAAGGCAGAAAUGGAUUCAAUGAGUGGGUGACCAAAUAUAGGAUACAGUACAGCUAUGCUGGAGUGACAUUUCAGUUUUAUAGGAAGGCAGAAAACAGUUCAGCAAAGGUGUUCGAAGGAAACGAAGACAGUGAUACUGUGAUAUUAAACAAACUAAGUCAGCCAAUCACUGCACGUUACAUUCGGCUUUUACCCAUUGAAUGGCAUAACCAUAUAUCAAUGCGAAUAGAAAUCUAUGGUUGCCCAGGGUGUAUAACGCCUCUUGGCAUGGAAAGUGGAGACGUCGCGAACGCCCAGAUAAAAGCAUCUUCAAUGUUGGAUGGUGAUAAUUCUCCGGGGCAAGCAAGGCUGCAUCAAAAAGCAGAUGGACGUAUGGCUGGAGCCUGGUCAGCCCAAACAGAUGAUCUUAAUCAGUGGCUCCAAGUGGAUUUCGGUAGCUACACCAAAGUGUCACGUGUUGCAACUCAAGGGAAGAAUGGGUUCAACCAGUGGGUGACAAAGUACAAGAUACAGUACAGUAAUGACGGUGAAAACUUUUGGGUGUACAAGGAGCCAGGGACCAGCUUAGCAAAGGUGUUUCGUGGAAAUCAAAAUAGCGAUACCGUCGUUUACAACAUUUUGAGACUACCCUUUACAGCUCGCUACAUCCGAUUCGUACCAGUUGAUUGGCACAAUCACAUAUCAAUGAGGAUUGAGAUCUACGGUUGUCCAGGUUGCGCUGCAGCACUGGGCAUGGAAAACGAAGGAAUAACUGAUGUCCAGAUAAACUCAUCUUCACAACUGGAUGACACUCACACCGCCAGUGAAGCAAGACUGAAUUUUAAAGCAGAUGGAAGCGAGCGGGGAGGUUGGUCCGCUCUCACUAAUGACUUCAACCAGUGGCUUCAGGUGGAUCUUGGUACUGUUAACCGCGUGACUCGUGUGGCGACUCAGGGGAGGAAUGGGCGUGACGAGUGGGUGACCAGAUACAGAUUACAGUACAGUGAUGACGGAGUAUCGUUUCUGUUUUACAACGAGACUGUAAGGAGUUCAGCAAAGGUAUUUUAUGGAAAUCAAGACAGCGACACUAUAGUAUACAAUGUUUUGAAUCCGCCUAUUACAGCACGCUAUAUCCGAAUAAGCCCUGUUGAGUGGCACAACCAUAUAUCAAUGAGGAUGGAGAUCUACGGUUGCUUUGUGCCCACACCUGCUCCAACUUCACCAUCGCCGAAAAUGACGUUAGUUGCUAGUAUGCCAACAGUGGAGUUCCGAACGGAAGCGAAUCGAGGUGAAAAUAAGGCGAGAAAAGGUGUUAACGUUCCCGCCAUUGUUGUACCCGUGGUGCUGUGUAUUGUGAUACUGAUCUUGCUGUUGGUUGGCUUCUUUUUCUGGAAAAGGAGAUAUGGAAAGGACCUUAGCAUUAAACCAGUGGUAUAUAAGAGGGCAACCGAUGAUUUACCCACAGCAGCAGAAAACUUGUCCAAUGACCGAGAUGUUUUGCUGUUUCAAGAUUCCUAAGACAUUCUGCAACGACAAAGACAGAUAGCUCUGACACCACGAUCAUCCUGAUAACCACGUUUUAAGUUUACUAUGUUAACAACUGUUCACCGAUCAUGUACAACAAGAUGUACCUUCAAAUAAUUUGUUAGUGAAGAUAAACUGUUGGUCCAACGCUUGUAAUGCAAGUUAUUUGAACUGAAAUCGCUGGUAAUUUAACAUAUCAAAUGCCGCUUAAGUUAAAAGUAAACUGCCUGUGUGCUAUACUAUUAUUUUCCUUGCGACUUAAUUUUGAUAAGAUUUGGGCAGCGCUUUCUAAGUUUACACUAGCUUAUACGCAGUCUUGCUGUAACCACUUGCUGCGAUAUCAUUUAACUUGCAUGAAGUAUUACUGUAUGUAUGUUGAAGUGUUUAGUCAUUUUUAUCAAAUAAACCAGGAAAACACACAA